AUGUCAAAAUCAUCCGGCAUACCCAUAACCCUGCCAAAUGCUAUACAACACGACCUAANNACAAACCCCGAAACAAACCUCAACUACCGCAUCCAAAUCUCUUGGCCAUUAGACUGGGACCGCACAAAGGCACUCAGAGGAUCCAAAGUUCAUUUANUCUGUAUCCUAGGUGGCAAUGCAUUAUUUCUCGCCGCAUCAGAAAUCUUAUGGCGGAGUUCAAGCAAUACCUUCUACCAAGGCGGUGGCAUUGUAGUGGGCGUAGGAUACCAGGACAUCCCUACAGACAGCGGAAGCUUGUAUAGCAGCCAGCGCAACACCGACUUGACGCUCAGCGAGCAUGAGGUGCAUGCUGGACUAGGUGGUGCUGACGCAUUCCUGGAUUUUAUUGGAAAACAAGUGAGGCCCUUGGUGCGGAAUCGAUUCAAAGACGUCAGUAUUGGCGAGGAAGCUAUCUUUGGACACUCGUUUGGUGGCUUGUGUGUUUUGCACGCGCUUUUCAGCAACCGAGGAGGCUUGUUUGACGCAUACUUUGCGGCCAGCCCUUCGGUAUGGUGGGAUGCGAAGAUUGUUGGAGAGGCGGAAGAAUUCUGCAAUCGCAAAGACGAGAUGGCUUGCUCUCUGNCUAUUUCUUAUGGGUCUCUGGAAAAAACCCGACAAGAGCCACAUUCGNAGUCUGAGAUCGAGUUUAAGGAGAGGACACAGCGGUGUGCAGAACGCAAGAUGGGAGAGAACGCCAUCAUGUUAGACAAGAUGGUGCGAGAGAGUGGAAAGUUAGAAAACGUGUCCAUUAUCGAAUUUGAGGACGAUGAUCAUUGUACCGUAUCGACUUCCGCAUUACUCAGGGCCUUGAGUACAUUUCUGGAUCAUUGA